GAAGGAGUACUUGUACACUAAAAGUAUUGAAAAUCUUUUCCAUACACACCACAUAGAGAACAGUUUCUGUUGUCUGUCUUUAAAUAGAGCAAGUUUCUCCAAGCCCGCCAAGUUAGGAAUCAGAUAGUCCUUCCCUUUUGCUCUUUCUUUUCUUCUCUUUUCUCUCUCUUUCUUAUUCCUCUUAUAUCAUCUUUCUGUCAUCAAUGCCACAAUGUUGCUGAAACAUUCUCACCCUCUUGCCUACACUUGCCAUGGAAAGUCACACUCGUAAGAGGAGUGAAGAAAUGGGUGUUGGUGGUGUUAAAAGGUUGCUUCUUGGAGCCUUGAUAUCUUUAGGAGUCAUCUGGUUUAUGUUUCUUGCAAUCUCAGUGAACCGUCAAACCAAAAGAACAGUGCUGGUUCCAAUGAAUGUUAUCUCCAAGCAUUUGAAGUUGGUCAGCAUGCAGAGACAUGGCUUGCAUUCAAAUCCUAGACUCUUCAUAGUGAGCAAGAGAAGAGUACCAAAUGGACCUGAUCCAAUACACAACAGGAGAGCAGUGAAAACCAGACAGCCACCUACACAAGCCUGAGCAUUGCAUUGUGAAGUUCCACAGCAAGUUUGAGGUCAAAUCAUAGAAUUUUUGCUAUUCUCUUGUGGAAGAAGAAUUCAGAGUGUGUUCUAUAAGAUCAUGUUAUUACUUGUUACAAAGUAUGAUUGCAAGUGCUUUUGGAGGUUAUAAGUGUGAUCCUUAAUGUUUUCUACUUUUUUUUUUCUUCUCUUUGAAAUGUACCCUUUUGAUGGUGUUGUAAAUCAAGGCCUUAGGAAAUGAAGUAACCAAAUUUUGGAUGGAA